AUGGGUGAAUCCAAGUCUCAAUAUCACCCUGCUCUUGCUGUCACUAACAUCAAGGCACACAUUCCCAUUACUCUCGAAAUGGCAAAUAUGCAAUACUCUACGUGGGCGGAGUUGUUCAAGCUUCACGCAAAAUCUCAUCGGGUCCUUCACCAUAUCAUUCCCCCUGCUGCCGGCAAGGAGAAAGUUCCGUCUACCGAGGAAGAAAAGGAACUAUGGCAGACCCUUGAUGCUGCGGUUUUAUCGUGGCUCUAUGGUACUAUCUCGACUGACCUUAUCAACACCGUUAUCGAACCAGAUGCAACAGCAAUGGAAAUAUGGAAUAGGUUGCGUGACCUAUUUCAGGACAAUAAACAUUCUCGGCUGUGA